CCCUACAAUGACCCCGUCGAACCAAAAAGCUCCCAAAGCAGCCAGCCCUCCCACAUGCUGCCCCCCAAGCAGCCCCUGUACAGUGUGCCCCCGCAGGCCUCCUCCCCCUACGGUCUGGGCCCCGGCUCCUUCCCACUGUCAGACCUGCAGAGCUUCGCCGGUCCGCCCCACCACGCCCUGGCCCGGACCCUCAGCCAAUCCCAGAUGCUGCCGCCCAGCAUGAGUGCCUCACCCCCCUCCCCCUUCCAGAUCAGCCCGCCCCUCCACCCCUCCCAGCUCGCCCUGCACCAGAGCUCCCUGCGCAUGCAGCAGGUCCAGUCGCACUCAAUGGGGCUCCAAGGGUCUCUGCACUCACCUCCUCUCAGCCAACAGGUUAGUCCAAUCUCUGUUCUCCAGCGUUCAGCCCUGCUUGGCCAUUCAGAGUUGUGGGGAAACAUUAGAAAAAGGUGAUAGAGCUGUUAUAUAAUGUGAGUAUUAAUGAUCUCAUGACACUGGGUGAUUUAACUAUUAUUGAUCAUAAGUUCAAACAUAGCUUUUUAGACUAAGGAAGCACCUUAAAGACCUGGUAUCCGUGCUGAUCCUAGAUCUGCACCAGAGUUUAGGGUCACUUUGAAUUUAAGCCAGUGUCCACUUACUCCCCAACUUAAAAUAAGUUGAGCAUUGCCCACAUUGCCUGCAGUAGACGUGAACGUCAUGCUACUGGGAAGCCCACCAACCACAUUGGAGCAUUUGAAGUGGUAGCAUUUUUUAACUAUUUCCUCUUGUGCUCCAGGGGUUCUCUCACAUUCAGGAUUACCAGAACAGUGUGGGGGGGUCCCAGUCCCCGGGGGCGCCCAACCCAGGGCACGGACAGAACCCCGACUGGGACGGCGAGUACUGCAACCGGGACUGUGGGCCCAACCAUUGC